AUGUAUGUCAACCAAAGGCUGCUAAACAUCAACGGCAACAAUCAACCCAAGCAGUCUGAAGUACUCUUGGACGAAUCUUACUGUCAUGUAGAUCAUCAUGCUAGAAAAACCUGGGCUGCACCUGGAGCUACGGUCUUUCAACGAGGAAGAGGUCCCAUGUUGGUAACUUUUGCUGCUUUUGUGCUUUAUCAAGAAAAUCAGAGAACAAGGGCCAACAUGAUCAAAGAAAGGAUCAAAGUGUGGUCUGUUAAAGGUAGUAGGGAUGUACAGAGCGACUAUCAUGGCAACUUCUCUGCUGAAAAGUUUGAACAACUUUUCGAAAAUCUCUGUUGGUCCCUGAUGCUUUAUGAAUGGUGCUCCUUACCACAAACGCCGCAAAAACCCACUGAAGAACUAAAGAAAAAUGAGCUUUCAGAUCUGGUCAAAACUCAGAAAAUUGAAUCAGCUUUUGCCACUUACAAGAUUGCAAACAAGUAUGGCCAUAUAACAAUGAUUACCCCACCCUAUCAUUGUGAGCUCCAGCUCAUUGAGAAGGUGUGGGCAAUGAUCAAAAACCUAAUUGAUUUCAAUCCAGACAGAAACGAGACUCCUAGUAGCCUAAAAACUAAGCUUGAUGAAGGUCUCGAGAAAACACCAGAAGAACACUUUCUUUCUGCUUUGUAGAAGUCACUUGACUAUUGCAGAAAGUACCACAACGACUACAUAGAGCAAUGUGCAAGUGGAGCUCUUCAAGAAAGGUUGAAUGUGAUGGAGAUGACUUCUUGCUGAGUUUAAAUGUUUGUAAAAUAAAGGGAUUUUCUCAAAAAC